UUCAUUAUAUGCUGUUUACUUACCGAAUAGGAUAUUUUUGCUCAUCCUAUAAAAAGGUUAAGCUUGCUCAAAAUAGUAAUAUCUUCACUUACUCAAACAUAUCUGGCUAGUAGCAUUACAUUGAGCUACAGCAAAAGUUAGGUAUCCAAGUAAUCAAGCUAGCUAGCCAUGGUUCGCCAGCAGCUGGAAGUGCUUAACGCACUUGAUGUUGCCAAGACUCAACUCUACCAUUUCACCGCAAUUGUCAUAGCCGGAAUGGGCUUCUUCACUGACGCCUAUGAUCUCUUCAGCAUUUCCAUGGUCACCAAGUUACUCGGACGCCUCUACUACCACAAAGUAGGCGCUCCGAAGCCCGGUGUCCUGCCUCCGGGCGUCUCCUCUUCAGUCACCGGGGUCGCCCUUGUCGGAACCCUAGUAGGCCAACUCUUCUUCGGGUGGCUAGGCGACAAAAUGGGCCGUAAAAAAGUCUACGGUCUUACUCUUCUUGUCAUGGUUGUUUGCUCAGUUGCCUCGGGGCUUUCCUUCGGGAGUAGUCCCAAAGGUGUCAUGACAACUCUUUGUUUCUUUAGGUUUUGGCUAGGGUUUGGCAUUGGCGGAGAUUACCCUCUUUCCGCUACAAUUAUGUCGGAAUACGCUAAUAAAAAGACACGUGGCGCGUUCAUUGCGGCUGUUUUCGCGAUGCAAGGGUUUGGAAUAAUGGCGGGUGGAAUUGUGGGAGUGAUUGUUUCGGCCGCUUUCGAUCAUGCUUACCCUGCACCAACUUACGAAGUAAAUGCACUAGCUUCGACAGUGCCCGAAUCUGAUUAUAUUUGGCGGAUUAUAUUAAUGUUCGGUGCUUUACCAGCCGCAUUGACGUACUAUUGGCGAAUGAAAAUGCCCGAAACUGCCCGUUACACCGCGCUUGUCGCGAAAAAUGCUAAACAAGCAGCUACAGACAUGGCGAAAGUGUUGCAAGUCGAGAUCGAGCCCGAGGAGGCGAAAGUAGCCCAAAUUGCGCAAGACACUCGAAACUCUUUCGGAUUGUUUUCAAAACAAUUCGCGAAACGCCAUGGCCUUCACUUACUCGGGACAUGCUCCACGUGGUUCUUACUCGACAUCGCGUUCUACAGCCAAAACCUCUUCCAGAAAGACGUUUUCACAGCCGUCGGAUGGAUCCCGCCAGCAAAAACAAUGAACGCCGUCCAGGAAGUGUACAGAAUUGCCAAAGCGCAGACCAUAAUUGCGUUAUGCAGUACCGUUCCUGGAUACUGGUUCACCGUGGCAUUUAUCGAUAUCAUGGGGAGAUUCGCAAUUCAAUUGAUGGGAUUCUUUUUCAUGACGGUCUUCAUGUUUGCGCUAGCCAUUCCCUACGAUCACUGGACCGAAAAGUCGAACCGCAUAGGGUUUAUCAUAAUGUAUUCACUUACUUUCUUUUUCGCGAAUUUUGGGCCUAAUGCAACAACAUUUGUUGUACCCGCGGAGAUUUUUCCCGCCAGAUUGAGAUCGACAUGUCACGGAAUUUCUGCUGCAGCGGGUAAAGCCGGGGCAAUCGUCGGAGCUUACGGUUUUCUUUAUUCGUCACAAAGUAAAGAUCCGGAAAAAACCGAUGCAGGGUACCCUACGGGAAUCGGGGUGAAGAAUUCGCUUAUUGUUCUCGGCGUUGUUAAUUUUCUGGGAAUGGCGUUUACGUUUUUAGUUCCCGAACCGAAAGGUAAAUCACUGGAGGAAUUGUCGGGGGAGAAUGAAGAAGAUGACGAUGUUCCAGCAGCAGCUCCUUCUCGCACAGUCCCCGUGUGAACAGCUUGAUAUGAGCUGCUGAUACAUUGUGUGUGCAUGUUCUACUUUCAUGUAAGAACGGUUAAUUUAAUAAUGGCCAGGUAUAAAGGUCUCGGUUGAUUUUAUAUUAUGUUAUUUAUUUUAUUUUGACGAAUUAUGUUAUUCAUUCAAGUAUGAAAAAUGUGGAAGUACAGGAAUUGUAGCUUCUUUUUGUA